GUUAAUACUUUACAUCAUAUCGGUUACGGAGAUCAGUGAGAAACUUCAGAGAAGCAAGUAGAAAGUAUUGCUAAAGCAUAAGUAUUAUGCAACAUUUACUACUUUUACACUAACCCGAAAUUACUGCAUACAUUGAAUUUGCUGACCUUGAAUUAUCAUUCACGAUGACUGCUGACACCCGUCGCGGAAAAGAGCGAAAGUAAAGCUAUUUUGCACAAACCCAGGUGUGUUUUUAAGGUUAAAGUGCCACAGAAAAUAAAUAUACAUAUAACACAAAAUUUGUUCAUCGUAAAUAAAUGAGGGAAUUUCAGAAACCUAUCUUUACUACAUUCUAUUUCAACCAGGACUAUCAAUUCAUCAAUUAUUAGUGAAAAUGUACAACUUGGACGGGCAAGCGAUCAAAAAUUCUUUACAGACUUCCUCCAAGCCUGCAAAGUCAGAGUUUCAAAUCUUCAAGCAAGUAUUGUUCCAUUGCUUUCUCAUCAUUUUGUGCCCCAUUACCGUCUUUUUCCUCCUCAAGAUCUAUUUCUUUGAUGGUUUCUUGGAAUUGGAGUCAUUGCAGUCGAACCUGUACAGUGCAUUCGCUGCUGUCAUAGUUCUGCAUUUAGCCCUGGGGAAUUUCAUCUACCACGCGUAUUUUGACACCGAAACCAUUCCUGGAUUUGAUAAAUUGGACAAGGAAGACUAAAAACUUAAUUUUUAAGCAGGUAGAUUUAGUUGAAAUUUAUUCAAGGAAAAACCCAGUCCAAUUUAUACUUUAUUACUUAAAUAUAUUAUCGAUAGCUAGAAACAUUAAUUAUUAUUGAAUGUCGUCUUUAUAAAUGAUCGAAACCGACAAAAAUAUGUCUAACUACUUGUCAGCGUACGAUAUAACAAAUGGAACUAUAGUCAGUGUUCAAGUAAAAGAUAGGACACUUCGAGGCGAAUUUAUUGGUGUUCAAUUGGCAAUUGAGAAUU